CCCGCCGCCCCGGCUGCUCCCGUCUGGCAGCCAGGCGGCCGCUGCCUCCGGCCGAGGCCUCUGCAGUUGGGAAGCGACCCCGGCCCCCGCGCUGCUGCCGGGAUGGGGACGCCGCUGGCGGCUCCCGGCCUCCUCCUUCUCCUGGCCGGCACAGCGGGGCUCUGCCGCGCUUUUUUCUCCCUCCCGCUCCGCGUGUCCCGUCCGGCCCCCCCCACCGGGUCGCUGCCCACCCCGGUGGUGUUGCGCCCGGCAAGCAGCAGCCGGCAGCCAGAGUCCCCCGGUGGCGCGGACGGCUUGGCCUUGGCUUCGGAUCCUGGUGGCACCCUUAACCUUUUAGCUAUGGUGGAGAAUCUUCAGGGGGACUCCGGCCGCGGCUACUACCUGGAGAUGCUGAUCGGGACCCCACCGCAGGCGUUAAAUAUUCUGGUUGACACUGGGAGCAGUAAUUUUGCUGUAGCAGGCGUGCCUGAUCCUGAUGUCACCUCCUACUUCAAUACCAAGCUGUCAAGUACAUACAAAUCUCAAGGGAUUGAUGUCACAGUUAAGUACAGUCAAGGAAGCUGGACUGGAGUGCUGGGUACAGAUGUCAUUACUAUCCCAAAAGGAAUCUAUGGCAGCUACACCAUCAACAUUGCUACCAUUCUUGAAUCGGAGAACUUUUUCUUACCAGGCGUUAAAUGGCAUGGGAUUCUUGGUCUUGCCUAUGAUGCCUUAGCCAAGCCUUCAAGUUCUGUGGAGACAUUCUUUGAUUCUCUUGUGAGGCAGGCAAAGAUCCCCAACAUUUUCUCCUUGCAGAUGUGUGGUGCUGGAUUGCCUGUUUCUGGAAGUGGUACCAACGGAGGUAGUCUUGUUCUGGGUGGAAUUGAACCAAGUCUGUACAAGGGAGAUAUCUGGUACACACCGAUCAAAGAGGAGUGGUAUUACCAGGUUGAAAUUCUCAAACUGGAGGUUGGAGGACAGAACCUUGAACUGGACUGUAGAGAGUACAAUGCUGAUAAAGCGAUAGUAGACAGUGGAACCACGCUCCUCCGUCUGCCCCAGAAAGUCUUCAGUGCAGUUGUGCAAGCAAUAGCUCGUACAUCCCUGAUACAAGAAUUCUCUUCUGGUUUCUGGACUGGUUCACAGCUUGCAUGCUGGGAUAAAACUGAAAGACCCUGGUCCUUAUUUCCCAAACUUUCUAUAUAUCUAAGGGAUGAAAACUCCAGUAGGUCAUUUCGGAUCUCUAUCCUACCACAGCUUUAUAUUCAACCUAUCCUUGGAAUAGGAGAGACUUUACAGUGCUACCGAUUUGGCAUCUCUUCCUCCACAAAUGCUCUAGUUAUUGGUGCUACAGUCAUGGAAGGCUUCUAUGUAAUAUUUGACAGAGCCCAGAGGAGAGUGGGCUUUGCAGUGAGUCCAUGUGCAGAAGUUGAUGGCUCGCCAGUAUCUGAGAUUGAAGGCCCUUUCACAACAGCAGAUGUUGCAAGCAACUGUGUUUCGAACGUUUCUUUCCAUGAACCGGUGUUAUGGAUUGCUUCCUAUGCUCUGAUGAGCCUGUGUGGAAUUAUCCUCCUUAUAUUGAUCAUUCUGCUGCUUAUUCCACCACGGUGCCAGCAUCGCUACACUGACAAUGACGUGGUCAAUGACGAAUCCUCCUUAGUGCGUCAUCGCUGGAAAUGAGAACUUGAUCGUCAAAUCUGGGACUUAAACAGAAUGAAAAAACAAAGUACUUUGCCAAGGGGAAGAAGCCAAUGCCUCAGUUCUUUUUACAUUCACUGCAAAUUGCUGUUGAAAUCCAGCCAAAUAGCCUGCAUUAUAACUUUUUAAACUUUAUUUCCUAACACUGAUUCUGAACCAAAGCACUGUUAACCACCACUUAAGUGCUACGGUACUGAAUUUGCUACUGCAGUAAAAUGAGCCUUAGUGCUCACAAUAGUACCUUCUUUUUUUUUUAUAAAAAAAAAAGAAAAACCACACACCAUGCUGUUCUUCCACUGUCCAUCCCUCUCACAAAAAAAGAGCUGUCAGUAUUUUCUAACUAAUCAAGCCCUGACUGUAGAAAAAGAGAAAAAACGUAAUAAUCUUUCUUAUUAAUUGCAUUAAAUGAAUACUGCUUUAUGUUUACAUCAAUUCAUUUUGAAACUGUGCUUAUGGUGUGGGGAGGGAGAAAGGCCAGACUUAAGCAGCAGAGGAAAGCAAAAGAAGUCAGGAAGAAAUGUUGGUCUGUGUUUUUUUUUCCUCAAGAUCACUGCUGCCACUUGAGAGGGUCGCCCUUCCUGAGUGUCAUUACAAAAUAGUUUGAGGAGGUGAAAACUGGGGAACAAACCUGUUCAGCCUUAGUGUAAAACAAGACUACCUCUCUUAAUUUACAAGGAUGAUACCACUGGUAAGCCUGUGGCUUAGAACUGGUCUUGAAGCACAAGAUGCUCCAUACAACCAAAUGCAACUCCUUGGCUUUGAAGUAGUGGAUUUUAUAAAAAUUAACACUUCAUGACUUUCCGCUUCAGUGCACAAAAGAAAACCCUCUCAGUUUUCCCCCUGAUGUGAGGUUUUGUGGGGUUGGUUGGGUUUUUUAGAGUUAAGGAUGACUGAUACUUAGAAAAGGCUGGUCUUCAUAUGUAUUGGACAGAUGAUAAAGUUAAGGUCUGUGUUCUGCCAUGUCUUUUGAUAUAUCUGAAAACAAACAUGGUAAAACUGAAAAUAGUGGGAGAGAGCAGGAAAGAAUGUACUUGACCAGACCUCCACUGUACAAGCACAAGUCUUAAUGCCAAGGUCAGAACAUGGUAUUUUCUUUGCAAAUAGGACAAUUUUUCCUGUAUCAAGUCAGUGAACAUUGCAGGACCUCCAUCUCUUUCCUAUAACACUGGCAUAGUGAGGUUGAAAGAUAAACAAUACAAGGUUGAGGGGUCCAGUGAUAACUAUUUGUUAUCUGGUUUGGGGGCAAGGGAAAGGAAUAAAAAAAAAAUGGGAAAGAAAUUCCUUUGCAUUUCAAUAGCAGAGCAGUUUGCAUAUCUGUGUGGGAAACAAGGAGAAAAAAAAAAAAAAAAGAAGCUUGGCUCUGAAUCUGCCAGUCCCUUGCCUAGAAGAUUUUCUGCCUAUAGUCCCUUCAGUAUGGCUUUUGAUUCACACUGCCUCUGCAUCUGACUGCAUGGAAUAAGCAAAGACUUCUUCUUUUCAGAAAUGGUGCUUUUACAGAGGUGAACAUAAUGUGUGUGAAAAUAAAGCACUCUUGGUUUUUAUUAACUAAACUCAUGUAUUUCACUUCAUAACUGGAAGUGCCUGUGGCUUUCUUUCCUUUUUAAUUCUUGUACUUUGAAAUUGCGUGGCUGAAUACAGUAAAAUGAUAGGUGUCGUGAU